UAUUUUGUUGUGACCCAGCUCUGUUUCCUUCUUAAUUAAAAAAAGGGAAAAAGUCACACAAAAUAAAAAUGCAUUAUAGUACUUUGAAGCGACAUUUAGCCCCUGACUGCGUUUCAUCGUCGCUCUCUGUCCGCCCUCCAGCGGGUUCCGCUGCAGUCCAGCAGAUGGCGCCGCUUCGCAUCGGACGCCGUUGAGUCUCCAGCGGCCGCCCGAAAAGAGCGAACAAGAAGCGUGCGCGUCGGCGCCACCUUGUCCGCCGCCCGAGCUCGACGUCAGACCGCCUCCGCGCGCCGCCACACCGACUCCCCAGCAGCCAUGAUGCAAGAAGGGCUGGACGACGGUCCCGAUUUCCUCUCCGACGAGGACAGAGGUCCCAGGGCCGUUAAUGUGGACCUGCAGUCCGACGCCACGCUACAGGUGGACAUUUCAGAUGCGCUGAGCGAGAGGGACAAAGUUAAGUUCACGGUUCACACCAAGAGCACCCUUUCCAACUUCAAGCAGAAUGAGUUCUCUGUGGUGCGACAGCAUGAGGAGUUCAUUUGGCUGCACGAUUCCUUUGUGGAGAACGAGGAAUACGCUGGUUACAUUAUACCCCCAGCCCCUCCCAGACCAGACUUUGACGCUUCAAGAGAGAAGCUGCAGAAACUGGGGGAAGGCGAAGGUUCAAUGACCAAGGAGGAGUUCACCAAAAUGAAACAGGAACUAGAGGCGGAAUACUUGGCCAUCUUCAAAAAGACAGUGGCAAUGCAUGAAGUGUUCCUUUGUCGAGUGGCAGCUCACCCAGUCCUGAGGAAGGACUUGAAUUUUCACGUGUUUCUAGAGUACAAUCAAGAUCUGAGCGUUCGAGGUAAGAACAAGAAGGAGAAGUUGGAAGAUUUCUUCAAGAAUGUGGUGAAAUCUGCAGAUGGUGUGUUGGUAGCAGGAGUAAAGGAUGUUGACGAUUUCUUCGAGCAUGAGAAGACAUUCCUUUUAGAAUACCAUAACCGCGUCAAAGAUGCUUCUGCCAAAUCUGAUAGAAUGAUCAGGUCUCACAAAAGUAUUGCAGAUGAUGUCAAUAGAAUUGCCUCCACACUGUACACAUUAGGGACACAGGACUCUACAGAUGUGUGCAAGUUUUUCCUAAAAGUGUCAGAGCUGUUUGAGAAAACCCGGAAAAUUGAGGCACGUGUUGCGGCUGAUGAAGACCUGAAACUUGCUGACUUGUUGAAGUACUACCUCAGGGAGUCUCAAGCAGCAAAGGAUCUCCUGUAUAGGAGGGGAAGGGCCCUGGUUGACUAUGAGAACGCAAACAAAGCACUAGACAAAGCCAGGGCCAAGAACAAAGAUGUCCUUCAAGCAGAAACCAGCCAGCAAGUCUGCUGUCAGAAGUUUGAGAAAAUUUCUGAAUCAGCCAAGCAAGAACUUAUAGAUUUUAAGACGAGGCGAGUAGCAGCUUUCAGAAAAAACCUGGUGGAACUUGCAGAACUGGAACUGAAACAUGCUAAGGGUCAUCUACAGCUGUUGCAAAGCUGCCUUGGGGUUCUAAAAGGAGACACAUAAGACUCCGGCUGAUGGUCCACUGUAAAGGGCUUCCCCCAUUUCGGUCUCGUCUUUGAAAGAUGAAGGCACGAGUGUGGGUUCAUUUUGUCCACAGGAUGUUUGCAGCCUCCACUAGCAGAGACCGUACACCCUCCACUACCGCCCUGAGCCCACCCCAGAGCAAGGAAGUCCACGGUGGAAUGUCACCGAAGUCCACACAGCACAAAAAGAAAAUCCUAUAUCUUUAUUUAAUCACAUCAACUUUUUAAUCAUCAAGGCAUUGUUUUCCGUGAAAUUCACACUACCAGUAUCACACGUCCUUUGUCUUUUGUUUUGCUUAGAGUAACCUUUGCCUUUAGUUUCAGUAAUCUUUUCUGUGACGCUGCUCAGUUAUGUUGGUCCAGUUGAGCUGAUUGUGACUAUUAUUAAAGUGUAUUGUCACUAAAAGCCUUGUACAUGUUGUAUUAGUUUUUACUCUACUGCUAAUGAACCCCUUAAUCAGAUUAACAGGUUUUGAUUAUUAAUAAGUCAACAAUUUCAUGCAUUCUUGAGGAAAAAUCUGUUGGUUAUUCCAUUCCAGACAAAAGAAUUCCUUUGGUGUUUUUGCCUUAAAUUGUAGACUAAUCCUAUUAGUAUUGUAAAAACAAAUGGAAUUUUUGCCCCCCCUGAAACUUUUUAAAUGUGCACUGUAUACGAAUGUUUUGUCUCACACGAUGUGACCAAAGCUUCCCUUAGUUUAAGUGGAGGAAUGCCGAGACAAACGCGGUGAUAAUGAUGAAACAAGUUGAUUAUAACAAACUAUACUGUUUAUCUUGGAAUUGGCAUUAAAAGAUUUUAUUACUG